AUGCGGCUCACCGUCAUCGCCCCAGAGAACGUUUAUGAACACGAGGUUGACCCAUCCAUGGAGGUCCGCGACGUCAAGGCGCUUGUGGAAGCCGAGACGGGCACGCCUGUUGAGAACCAGACGCUCUCCACCGACUCGGGAGUCGCGCUUACCUCUCUGGAGAAGUCUCUGUCCAGUUACGGCCUUACGGGGAAUAGUGCUACGCUCUUUCUUACUUUCAGCGACCACCGCCCCUUCCCGUCGGCAACAUCUGGAUCGUCGUCGACCAGUGAUGACGACUUUGAGAGGAUGCGUCUCCAGGCCCUAGGCGAUCCGAGGCUGAUGAACCAGCUGCGUCAGGCGAAUCCCGAGUUUGCCGCUGCGAUCCAGUCAGGGGGCGCGAGGUUCCGUGACAUGGUUCGCCACCAAGCGGAAGAUGUGCGGCGUACUAAGGAAGAGAAGGAACGGCAGACCGAGCUGCUCAACGCCGACCCGUACGACAUCGAGGCUCAGAAGAAGAUCGAGGAGGCUAUCCGGAUGGAGCGGGUUCUGGAGAACAUGUCGCAUGCCAUGGAGUACUCUCCUGAGUCGUUCGGGCGCGUUACUAUGCUGUAUAUCAACGUGGAGGUCAACGGACACCCUGUUAAGGCGUUUGUCGAUUCUGGAGCGCAGUCGACUAUUAUCUCACCAGAGUGUGCGGAGGCGUGUGGUAUCAUGCGCCUCAUUGACAGGCGAUUUGAAGGCAUAGCGCAAGGGGUUGGCACGGCCAAGAUUCUCGGUCGUGUGCACUCGGCGCAGAUGAGGCUCGGCAACCUCUUCCUUCCUGUAGCGUUCUCUGUUCUGGAGGGCCAGUCCGUGGACCUUUUGUUCGGCCUCGACAUGCUGAAGCGCCACCAGGCGUGUAUCGACCUCGCGGCCAACUGUCUGCGUAUCGGGAACACCAGCAUCCCUUUCCUGUCCGAGCACGAGCUCCCCGAGCAGGCUCGGAUGCGUCCUGUUCUCGCACCUGAAGCACCGGGACCAUCGACUUUGCAGCCCCAGCCAUCGGCCGGACCUUCAGUCACUACUCCAGCGCUUGCUGGCUCGUCGCGCGCGGCCGGGACCACCCAGUCAUCGGCGGACAUUCAAACUCUCGUCAGUCUCGGUGCCACUCCUGACCAGGCCGCUCAGCUGCUGGAGGCUUCUGGAGGCGACGUCGAUGUGGCCGCGUCCAUGCUGUUUGGUUAG